AAAAGAAGAAAGAAAGAAAGCUCCAGAGAAGACAGCUGUCCCUGAAGUUAAAAAAGCAGACAAAAAAGAAGCAGCUUUGACCAAAGACCUGAAAGAGCCAGCAAAAGCUCCUGCAGCCCAACCAGCUUCUGCAAAAAUAGCUGCACCAGAACUACACAAAAAAGAAAAGCCAGUAGAAAGUGCAGAGCUACCAAAAAAGGACAUGCAUGUAAAAGCACCCGGCAUUCACUGGAGUUCAUGGAAGCCCCACUGCCAAUGUCCUGCAGCCAUAGAGGUCCAUAAGCCAAAAGCGGCCAUAGAAGUUCCUAAGCCAAAAGCUGCCAUAGAAGUUCCUAAGCCAAAAGUUCCCAUAGAGGUCCAUAAGCCAAAAGCUGCCAUAGAAGUUCCUAAGCCAAAAGCUGCCAUAGAAGUUCAUAAGCCAAAAGUCACCAUAGAAGCCCCUAAGCCAAAAGCUUACACAGAUGUUUCUAAGCCGAAAGCCACUGUAGAAGUCCAUAAGCCAAAAGUCACUGCAGAAGUUCACAAGCCAAAAGUGGCCAUAGAAGUUCCUAAGCCGAAAGCUGCCAUCCAAGUUCAUAUGCCAAAAGUCACCACAGAACUUCAUAAGCCAAAAGAAAUGGAACUUGUCAAAAUAGAACCUGCAGCACAUUUGGCCAAAAAAGCAGUACAUGAAAAGAAAGAAGACAAACCAUUGAAGGCAGCAGAGCCAGAGAAACCAAAACCAAAAGAAACAAAACAUGCCAAAGAAAAAGAAGCAAAGCAUGAUGUGGCAGUGAAGGACAAAGCCACCAUAGAAGUUCAUAAGCCAAAAGCCACAAUAGAAGUUCAUAAGCCAAAAGAUAUUCCAAAAGAUAAAGUGAAGCUUCCAACUCCUGCUAAAGAAAAGGAUGUUCCAAAAGAAAAAGUGAAGCCUCCAUCUCCUGCCAAAGAAAAGGAUGUGCCAAAAGAAAAAGUGAAGCCUCCAGCUCCUACCAAAGAAAAGGGUGUGUCAAAAGAAAAAUUGAAGCCUCCAGCUCCUACCAAAGGAAAGGAUGCACCAAAAGAAAAAGUGAAGCCUCCAGUUCCUGCCAAAGAAAAGGAUAUGCCAAAAGAAAAAGCAAAGCUUCCAGCUUCCACCAAAGAAAAGGAUGCACCAAAAGAAAAAGUGAAGCCUUCUGCUCCUAUCAAAGAAAAGGAUGUGCCAAAAGAAAAAGAAAAGCCUCCAGUUCCUAUUAAAGAAAAGGAUGCUCCAAAAGAAAAAGUGAAGUCUCCAGCCCCUGCCAAAGCAAAGGAUGCUCCAAAAGAAAAAGUGAAGCCUCCAGCUCCUACCACAGAAAAAGAUGCUCCAAAAGAAAAAGUGAAGCCUCCAGCUCCUGCCAAAGAAAAGGAUGUUCCAAAAGAAAAAGUGAAGCUUCCAGCUCCUGCUAAAGAAAAAGAGGCAGCAAAACCAAAGGAAGGACAGCCUCCCAUUCCCCAGAAGCAGAAAGGACAAGAGGCUGUUAAGCACGACAAAGACGUUCUUCACAAAAAAACAGAGCCAUCUGCCGAAAAAACAGUAACAGGCAAGAAGAAAGCGGAAAAAGCAGUGAAAGAAAAAGACGGUGAGGACGGGAAACCUUUUAUUUUAAAUCAAUAUGUUAAAAAAAUUGACAGUCUACCAAUCCUGCUGCCACCACUAUAUUCACAAUGUGGCAUUAUGUAA